AUGAGUUCUAUUUUGGGAUGCUGUAUCAAUGAAGGCCAAGGGGCUUUUAUCCCAAGAAGACUUAUAUCGGAUAAUGUGAUAAUCACUUAUGAGGACCUCCAUUCUUUGCAGAUGAAGAAGAAAGGAAAGAAGGGGAAUUUUGCACUUAAACUUCAUAUGAGUAAAGCAUAUGAUCGGAUUGAAUGGGAUUUUUUGGCCGAAGGUUUCUCUACUCUUAUUAAUGAAGCUAAGCAAAAUGGUCUAAUGAAGGGAGCUACUAUUCGACGGGAAAGAUUUGCUAUCAAUCACUUAUUCUUUGCGGAUGAUUGUAUCUUGUUCGGUGAUGCUUCUAUAGAGGGAGAAAAUGUGGUUCGAGAGAUUAUCAAGGAGUAUGAGGAGAUAUCGGGUCAGAGAGUGAAUUUUGAAAAGUCUUUGAUCUAUUUUCGGGCUAAUGUUGUUGCAAAUGUUAAGGAUACCAUAACCAAUAUUUUAGGCGUAAGGUUAACUUCGAACCCUGAGAAGUAUUUGGGGUUACCUAUGAUGGUUGGUCGAAGGAAGAAUUGGGCUUUUGCAAACUUUCUAGAUUGGUUUAGGAGACGUAUCGCAGGGUGGAGUUUACGCUACUUAUCUAUGGGGGGAAAGGAAGUUUUUGUUAAAUCAGUUUUACAGUCAACUCCGGUUUAUGUUAUGCAAUGCUUCACUUUACCAAAAAUUUUAUGUCGUAAACUUGAAGGCAUAAUGAACAAGUUCUGGUGGUCUAGUAAUAAGUCGAAUAAGGGCAUCCAUUGGAGCAACUGGGACGCAUUAUGUAAACCAAAAAGUGUUGGUGGUCUAGCUAAAAUAGCCUCUUACCCUUCGUUUACCUGGAGGAGCAUUUGUAGUGCUCGGGAUCUAAUUGCCAAAGAAAUUCUGUGGCGAAUUGGUAAUGUUUAUUGCGUUAAUAUAUGGAACAACCCUUGGCUACCUCGAAUUGAGAAAAAUCUUGUUUCAGUUCGACACAUAUCUUCGAAUUGGACGACUGUUAACCAACUGAUUGAGGAAGAUACUAAUACCUGGAAUAGGGAGCUGAUUCUUAAUAUUGUUGAUGCUGAGCAGGAAAAUCGUAUUCUUUCCAUACCGCUUACUGAUUCUAGGUCGAAGGAUAUGCUGGUUUGGAAAUAUGAGGGUUCUGCGGAAUACUCUGUAAGAAGUGGGUAUUGGGUCCUAGUUAUAGAUUAUCUAAUACUCUGA